UGAGGGUGAAAUCAUUAAAUGAGGGAUCCUUCAUAAUGUUCGGCCUGAAUGUUAAAGUAGAUGCUGGUGAGCAGUGCCAAUGGAACGUCGGGAAAUCUGUUCGUUACCAUAGUAACGACGGUGGCGUAUUUAAUGGUGGCUCUGGAAAGAGGACAUACCGAUCAUAUGACAUAGGUGACACUGUUGCAGUUUAUUUAGAAAAGAUCGACGCCUACCAAUCAUUGGUAAAUUUCUUCCAUAACAAGCAGUUGGUGUUCAGAGAAUGGGCUCAUAUUCCGAUAUCCCAGCUACAUGCCACUAUAGGUCUUAGUGUAGGUGGGAUUGGAGAACUGCAAGUAACGUGGCCUAAGGAGGACGUGCAACUUGAAAAUGAUGUAGCAAACAUUGAUUCUUUAAGACAUUGGUUGACAAGUCCAGAGGUUGAAGUAAAGGAAGGUGAUCUAACAGUACGAUUAGCAGCUUUUGAUGACACAAGACUGGGAUUUAGUGCACAGGCGCCAAGACCAUUCAAUCCAACAUGGACCUAUUUUGAAGUAGAGGUGAUACUCAUGGUUGAUACUGCAGCCGGACCAGCAGUGGGCUUGUCUCCCCCAGUCUUUGAUAAGUUCAAAUACCCCGGAUGGACUCCUGACACCAUAGGUUACCAUGGUGAUAACGGUAAAGUCCUCAGAGAUGACCAAGCCAUAUGGCCAUACAACGAUGCAAAUUUGUCCAAUGAAAUGAGGUGUAGACAAGGUGAUCGUAUGGGGUGUGGUGUUCUUUGACUCCACGAUAUUACAUGGCAGGAAGAUGUCAGACGUGUUGGCAAUGAAGCUAUCGUAUAUUUCACCAAGAA